AUGCAGUCCUACGGCACUAUCCUAUUGUCGCUGGCCGCUCUUGCGGUCGCGGCUCCUUCGGAACCCCGUGCUGUUGCCAGCGAUAACACCAGCCCUUUCCAAGUCUACGCCUACGGCCAAGGAAUCGGCGGCCUGUCCAUGUUCUCUGCAGGAGGCGACGCUUACUUCGGUGACCACACCAAGUUCAACGACUCCAACGCCGCCCCGGUGAUCUUCACCCCCACCGACGACAACGGCUGGCUCGGAGCCCCCAACACCACGGCUCUGAACUCCACCUCCCCUCCCAGCUGGUCCAACCUCACCUUUUCCGUCCCGGCCGAGGGCUCCUCGGACCACGACGUCGGCUUCCUCAGCUCCAACUCAUCCUCUUCCGACCGCCAGACCAGCGGUUUCGUCUUCUACGGCUCCUUCAUCUUUGUCGAGGCCACCUCUGGUGGUAUGGAGUCUCUGUGGUAUGCUACCCCCAGCUCCAUCGACGGCAUCUACUCCCUCAAGUGGAACGACACUGGCGAUGCCACCGAGGACAAGGUGGUCCUCACCCUCAAGAAGACUGCGCCCUCCAACGCCAGCAAGACCAAGAACCGAUCCGUUUAA